AUGGAAGUCGAGUUGUCUUUUGCAGAGGCGCUCGUUUUCCGCCGGGCUCUCAAUGCCUUGCGGAGCGUGUGUAGAGACAUCCGGGUGUACGUGCACAGGAACUCCCUCCACCUCGAAGGCCUCAAUGACAGCCGCACGGCGUGGAUGCAAGUUGCCUUCGCCAGAUGUUUCUUUUCCUCUUUCCGCCUCUUGAAAAAAAACCAUGCGUCGCGAACCGCGGGCGUGGAAAAGGAAGCUUUCGAGCGCGGAGCCGGGGCAACCGAGGACUCUGCAGAAGAGAGAUUCGAAGCGACUGUGAGCGGGAAACAACUUUGGAAAGCUAUUGCGAAGGCUGUGAGCCCGAGUUCGGGGUCUGCGUCGGGCCGAGGCACGCUGACUUUGGACCGCAUGCUCAUCAAAGGCAUUUUGUCAACGCAUGCAGACGCGACAGACUCGUCAGCGCUCUCCCUCACGUUCUUCUUCAGAGACCUCCCCGUCACGCAAACCGUCCUCAUCUCCGCAGUUAAUGCGCCCCACACGCUUCCAGUCUUCAUUCGGUGGAAAAGGCGUCACCUGAUCGCCAUGCCUGCUCGCAGUUGGAUGAAGCUGCUCGACGAGUAUCUCUUGAAUCCUGAGAAUGUGACGCUUGUCCACGAUGUCGCUGGCGAAGCUCUAAAGGUCCAGUCGGAGUGGCAACCACAUGCCCCGAAUCGCCGAGAUCUCGAGAACAGCGAAGAGGCCAAGCAGACGGCAGCUUUUCAGGGACUCUACGGCGAGAUCGUUCUGGAGAAAAAUCACUUCGACCGCCUUGUCUUUGAUAGUCGACUGCCUGCCUUCUCCCACCUCACGUUCUCCUCGCGGGAACUGCGAGCAACGGCCGCUCUCUGUGAACACUUUGAAGCCCCUCUCACAGUCUCCUACCGACUACCUGGACGCCCGGUCGUCUGCUGCUUUGGCGCUGCUGCUCCUCUCGCCGCUGCUUCCCUGCAAGAAGAGGCGCCUGUCUCCUCUUCCUCCUCUCCUUCUUCAUCCACCUCUUCUUCGGAAAACUCAAGUCCGGCCUUCGUGCCUCACCAGAUUCUGCGCGAAGCUCUUCGGUGUGUGCAGGAAGAGUACGAGGCGGCGAAGACCGUGCGUCGCUCUUCGUUCGAUGGGGUGUCUGGGCAUCCGGAAGGAGAAGCGAGCGCGAGAGAGAAGGCUGGCGAGGACGGAGCCGCCUGUGGAGCGCGCCGGCAGGAAGGGAGAGGCGCGCUGCGCGGAAAACACCGAGCCUCGCGGGCGUGGGCAGGCUUCGUGUGGAUCAGCACUUCGCCUCUGGAGUCUGCGGAGGGCGCUGCCUCGGAGGACGCGAGCGUGUGGGGUGACGACUAUCUGGACUACGUUGAGCUGUACAGACAGCUGGAGGAGCCGGUCUCUGCCGCGGCCGAAGAGUUCUUUGCGCCUGCGCCACACCCCUCGCCUUGCGCCUUCGCUUCUGCAAGCAGCCUUGCUCCCCGAAGCGGCAGUCGCCGCGCUCCGCGAGCCACAGACUCGCAGGAGACGCGAGAGAGAAGUUCUCAACAGAAGAGAGACAAAGAGAGCGAGACGGUGGGGGGCUCUCAGGCCUGCGGGUCCCGAGAGAGAGCACGCGUGGACGGGGGAGAAGAAAGCGGAAGGGGAGACAGCCGCGAGAGAGGAGAGACAGCUUCUGGAGAGGCCCCGGACAGCACCUGUGUCUCUUCGGGCUUCGUCGACAACACAGAAAAGAGAAAUCCCUGUCUGUCACGGAGAACAGAGAGGAGACUCAAAGAGACAGGGGAGAACGAGGGAAGCCGAGAAGACGACGAAGAAAGUGUGGCGACGUGGCUUGGCGAAGAUGAAGAACCUGAAGAGAUGGAGGCGUUUCUAGACUCGAGAGAAUCUGGAGAGACAGCCGAAAGAGCGACGAAUGCGGCAGGUGAAACAGUCGAUGCAGACGAGAUGAGAAAGGAAGAAAAAGGAGCAGAAAUCCACAGGAGGAACGCGGACAGCAGAAAAAUACAUGAAGAAGGAAACGCAGAAAACGAGAAGGAACGGGAAACGUGGCGACAGGCCUCGCGCGCCCGCGUUCGACGCUGGAUCGAACACCAAGGCCUGGCCGGCGCGGCUGAGAUGUACAGACACCUCGCAGGUGCUUUCGCGAACGUGCGGCUCUCCAGUGUAUCUACACCUCUGUCCCCGAGGCGCCGUCACGCGCGUCUGCCGGUUCCUGCGUCUGAAGAGGACUUGUGUAGUUCCUCCGAAGAGAGAGGAGAGACGAGGAAGACGAAAGGCCCAGAGGGCGAGAAAGAAAGCAGAGAUGACGCGAGAAUGACCAGCAGCACGGAUGACGAAAGCGUUUCCAGUGUCUCUCUCUCCGACGUCGAGAUGCCUGGCGAGUGGCUCGUCUCAGAAAAGGACUGGGAAGCGGGAUGUCUGUAGACUGUCUCGUUGAGUCUCCUCUCUCCGAACAAACAACGCAGCGAAAGGACAGGCAACGGUCAACACAAACGCCACACGAAGCGCGCGUUUUCUUCUCGCGCGCGCGCACAGAACAGGCACAAGAACGCAUAUCUGCCAUGUACGUGCAUGCAUUCCAUGUACAUAAAUAUAUAAAUAUAAAUAUAAAAAAAAAUAUAUAAAUAUGCAUAUAUAUAUGUGUAUGUAUAUUUAAUUACUCAUGUAUACAUAUAGAAUACACCUAUCUGUUUUUUUGAAGGGGUUUGACAUGCUGAGGGGCCCGGUCUGCGAAAUAACGGAUCCCGAGAGAAGGAGAAACACUACACUUCUCGUUUUCACUCCUUCUCCCCAUCUCUUUCUCAAACUACUCUGCUCCUUUUUCUCUGGAAAAGAAAAGCCACGCACCUAUCUCUCCAUGUAUGCGUAUAUAUAUAUAUAUAUAUAUAUAUAUAUACAUAUACAUAUAUAUAUAUAUAUAUACAUGCGCACAUUUAUAUCUGUAUCUGUACACCUUUCUGCAUGUAAGUAGAAAUAUAGGUAUUUCGAUACUGGCGCUUAGAUAUCUACAGAUAGAAACUGGAUACAUGAAUAUGUAAAUAAUUUUAGACAUAGAUACGCACAGGGAGCUUUGUACGUGAAUGUAUGCUUGUGUG